UGUUGUUGUUGUUGUUGUUGUAACGGCAGAAAAUAUUUCUCCAUUUCGAGAUUUGGAGAUAAAGGCAAGAUAUAUAUUUCUCAAAAAAUAUGAAAAAAUAUUCUUUUUUGAUUUGUAAAGUACUUUAAAUAAAUUAGUCACAGUGAAAAUAAACCAAGCAACUACUAAUUUGAGCCAUAUUUAUAUCCCGGAAAUUCCGGUUGCACAUAUCCGCUGUCAAAGAGCUGUGAAAACCUGAACAGUCGCGAUGAAUACUUUAUGGUGAAUUAAAAUAUUAAUGUUGGAUAGUCAUAAUUAGUUGAACUAAAUAGUUCGAUAUCGAUAUUCACUUAUGUAAAAAUCUCGAAUAUAAUAUACUGACUAUUGGGGAGUUAAUCAUGAAAAAAUGCCAAAAUAUUCAAAAAACUAUUUUUUGUAUAUAUAAUUAUAAUUAAUAUGAAUCUAUAAUUUAAUUAAAAAUAUUCUAUUUGCUUCUCAAAGCCAUUUUUUGACGUUUAAAAAUUAUAAAAUCUAUGGCAUCACAUUGCAUUAUCAGUUAUAAGUGCAGUCUGGCAACCCUCAAUUGAUCAAUUGUAUUAAAUCUGUGAAAUCAUUGUUUUAAUUUACUAAUUCUGUGUUACGAGAAGAAAAUAAGAUUUGAAUGCUAAAAAUAUGUCUAACAACGAUGAAUUGAUCGCACAGUUUAUUGAAAUAAGCGGUGGAGAUGAAAAUGUCGCCAGAUUUUAUUUAGCCAGUUCCAAUUGGUCGCUAGAGGAUGCGCUUUCCAAUUUUCUUGGCAAUCAAGUUGAUGGAGAGGGUGGAAGCGAUGAACAACCAAUCGAACGAAAUUCAGGCGGAGCGCAUAUUGAACCUGCACCUACAAAUUCAAGUAGUCGGGUACGACCAGAAACCGGUGCCGCAGACAGUUUUACUAAGAAAAGCUCAGAUAAGCCAAAAGUAGCAACACUAAAUGAUAUGACAAAGCGUACAUCUAAUGAAGAAGAGGGGCAGGCGUUUUAUGCUGGUGGUUCCGAACGUUCAGGACAGCAAGUUUUAGGACCACCAAAACGUAAGAAUUUCCGGGAACAAUUAACUGACAUGUUUCGUAUGGCACAAGAACACAACACCGGCGAAUCUGCUAGUACUUCAAGCGGCCCAUCAACAUCUGGUGCUGUACAAUGGGGUCAAGGUGUACGAUUGGGCAUGACCGAUACAGACCAUUCGGUCGUAGGUUCGCAGCAGGACGAUGCAAAUACAACAGGUGAGAAGAGACCUAUUGUUGUGCUGAAAUUAUGGAGCCAAGGAUUUUCCAUUGAUGAUGGUGAACUACGUCUAUAUGAUGAUCCCGAAAAUAAAGAGUUCUUAGAAACUGUGAUGCGCGGGGAAAUACCUCAUGAAUUAUUUGAAAUGGGAUGGGUCGUUAAUGUUGACGUGGAGGAUCAUCGUCACGAGGAUUACAAAAGGAAAACUGUACUACCUAAAUUUAAAGGAUCCGGCCAUACAUUGGGAAGUCCUACACCUAACGUGGAAGGAGCAGCAUCAGUAGCACCAACUCCAAAUACUGCAAAACCAACAACAGCUGUUAAUGUCAAAGAGGAUGAAAGUGAGGCUAAAGCUAAGCUUAAGAUUGAUUCUUCUCAGCCAACAACAACAUUACAAAUACGUCUAGCCGACGGUUCACGUUUAACCGCCCAGUUCAAUCUCAAUCACACAGUUGCUGAUAUACAUCGCUAUAUUAUGAAUGCCAGACCACAAUAUGCGGAGGGUAAUUUUCGGUUAGUGUCCUCAUUCCCAACCCGUGAACUAACGGAUGAAGCUGCAACGAUUGAAUUAGCUGGUCUAAAGAAUGCGUCAAUAAUGCAGCGACUGAACUAAAUUGUAAUCCUUAUAUACCCACUGAAUACAAUUUUUUCAACAUAUUAAUAAAAAUACCAUUAAUGUAAUAAAAUGCAACUACAUAGA